GGGUGCCAAAUGCCCUGUAUUUUUAUUCUAUCUGUGCCUGCCUAUUUUAAGUUUAGUACUGUAAACAAAGUAAAAAACAAAUUUAUAUAGAAAGAAGUAUUUACUUAUUUUUCUAUAAAUUUAAUCAUUCUUGUAAAUAUCCAUUGUUGGUGAUAGUUCUAAAAGAUUAUUAAAAGUUACCUAAAUUUCCGAAAUGAGUAUGAGACCUGAUGACCAUCGUAGAAAAUGGGACAAGGAUGAAUUUGAGAAAAUCGCAGCUGAAAGAUUACAAGCAGAACUAGAUGAAGAGGAACGAUCUAAGAAAAAAGCUCCACCUGUUAAACGAGAACUCCUUAAACAAAGAGAUUACAAAGUAGAUCUAGACUCUAAAUUGGGAAAGAGUGUUGUCAUAAAUAAAAAUACACCAAGUUCUCAAUCGGGAGGAUACUACUGCAAUGUAUGUGAUUGUGUUGUUAAAGACUCCAUUAAUUUCUUGGAUCAUAUAAAUGGCAAGAAACAUCAAAGAAAUCUUGGCAUGUCUAUGAAAAUUGAAAGGAGUAGCUUAGAUCAAGUAAAGGCUCGCUUUGCACUAAAUAAACGGAAACUAGAAGAAAAGAAAAAUGAAUAUGAAUUAGAUACUCGACUAAGAGAAGCAGCAGAAGAAGAAUCAAGACUCAAGGAACUACGCCGUGAAAGACGACGCGACAAGAAACGCAAGCUUCAAGACAAUGACGAUGCUGACGAUACGCCUGCACAAUCAGAACUCGCUCAAAUAAUGGGUUUCUCUGGAUUUGGCGGAUCCAAAAAAUAAUAAAUAUAAUACAAUUUAGAUUAUUAGAAAUAUUUCUUUUUAUUUUCAAUACCCGUAUACACAGUGAAAUUGAUUGAAACAGAAGAAUUUAAUAUUAUUUAUUGUGCUGCAUUUAUUAAGGCA